CUCGGACACCUCAACUAUCAAUCCAUCCGGAAACUUGUCCGCAAAGGCCUCGUGCGUGGAGUCAAGCUGUCAAAAGCUGAGCUCAACGCUGAGCCACCACCCUGCUCGUCCUGCAUGCAAGGCAAGAUGACUCGUGCCUCAUUUCCCCGCUCUCAGAGUGGUCGACCCGAGCGCGAACUCUUCCUCGCAUCCACCGAUCUCUGGGGUGAAGCACAAGUUCAGACACCUGACGGCAAGCGGUACGUGAUGACAAUCACGGACCAUUAC